GAGGGAGCAGACGGAGCAGUUGUGGUUAGGAAGGAAACUGGGAGUGUCUACCUCUCACUGGGGUUCUGGGCAUUGUUUGAGUCGGAUUACGAGUGGAAAGUAAACACUGCUCUUGCUUUGCCGCUGAAAACUAAUUGUUUUCUGUACCGGUCGGUUCGGAACGCAUCAGAAUCUUGUCUUACCUAAUAGUUCUAUUACAUUACUGGUAAGAAACUGUGUUAUUCCCGUUAUGCCGUCUGGAAUGAAGGAGCAGUUUGAAGGGAAUCACAUUUGCACCUUUUUUGUCCGUGUGGAGCAGAUUUAACUACCAUGGCCAAGUUUCCGAAGUCCAGGCUGCUUAAGUGUCUUGCCCUGCUUCUUUUACUUUCACUAUUCUGUUAUAUAUAUGUAAAAUCUAGUGCUAAUUCCAUACCAAAACGGUUUACUUCUUUACCAGAAGACCUGUACAAACCUGUCUCACCAUUAUCUUACAAAUAUCUUCUCAAUCAACCUAACCUGUGCCAGAGAAGAAUCCCUUUUCUAGUUCUUAUGAUUCCUGUGAGACUUCAAGACAGGGAAUCCAGGGCGGCCAUCAGAAAGACCUGGGGUCAGGAGAACCUUGUCCCUAAUGUUGAUAUCGUCAGAGUGUUCUUCAUCGGACAGCCAAAGGAGAAUGACCCAAAGCAUCAGGAAGACCUUCAGAAGGAAAGUAAGACACAUUUAGACAUAGUACAAAUGGACUUCUUAGAUACCUACCACAACCUGACCAUCAAAACCAUGAUGAUGAUGAACUGGCUGGACACUCACUGCCCCACAGCACAAUACGCCAUGAAGAUCGAUGCUGAUAUUUUUCUCAAUGUGCCUUAUCUUGUGGACUACCUCCAAAACCAGGCCUACAAGCAGGACUAUAUCACAGGAUCAGUUAUCACAGACGGAACACCUCGGAGGAACAAGUACAGUAAGUGGUACCUCUCAGAGGAAUUAUAUCCAGAGGACAAGUUUCCACCCUACUUGUCCGGUGCCGGAUACGUCUUCUCCGUUGAUCUGGCGAGCAAGAUAGUGCAGGCCUCCAGAUUUGUGGUGCCGAUACCCUUGGAGGACGUGUACAUAGGUUUAUGCCUGCAUUUCCUAGACGUUCAGCCUGUGUUCGCCAGGACGUUUUUGCCCUACAGGAACCUCUUUGAGAUCCGUCAUUUAGAGUACGAGAGAUGCACGUUUGCAAAACGCAUCAUUGUCACGGGUUUUACACCGAGUCAGCUGAUACACACAUGGAGUGACUUUCAGAGAGAUGGCUUCUCAUGCUGAUGCUACAUCACAACUAGGUCUCAGGGGGUCAUGGCAAAAAAUGGAACCAAAGUAAUACUUUUUAUUUUUAAAUAUAUUCAGUGUGUUUGAGUUGUUGCCAGUUUCUACUUACCAAGUCUGCCUUAGCAUGAGCUUUAUUUACCUUAUCUUUUUUUUAAUACCAGCUGAACAUCAUUACGUAUGUCAACACACUUAAAGGUGGAUGCUAACUCCUCCAGUUUGAUUGAUGGGGAUAACAAACAAAAAUGCCAUCUCUUUCACCAAGAUAAUACUCUGACAAACUGCUGGCCAGGGAUGACUAUGGCUUUCAUUUGAUAUGCAAGGUUUGGCACCCAUGUUUUAUAAUUUUAGCUGCUACAGUUGCUGUAUAACAUUUUCACGAAUGUCAAAAAUGAAGGAUUACAGUCGAGCUACAGAUGAAGUAAAUUGGCUGCUAUGCGGUAACUUUAAGGAGAAUUAAGGAAUUAGGAAUACACCCUGGACAGGGUAGCAGUCCAUUGCAGAGCUUUACACAUGCACUUGUUACUCACACUCAGGGAUAAUUAAAAGUAGGCAAGCGGCGGCACGGUGGCUAAGUGGGUAGCACUGUUGCCUCACAGCAAGAAGGUCCUGGGUUCGAUCCCCAGGUGGGCAAUCCAGGUCCUUUCUGUGUAGAGUUUGCAUGUUCAACCCGUGUCCUUGUGGGUUUCCACCGUGUGCUCCGGUUUCCUCCCACAGUCCAAAGACGAGCAAGUGAGGUAAAUUGGAGACACUAAAUUGUCCACGACUGUGUUCGAUAUAACCUUGUGACCCGAUGAACCUUGUGUAAUGAGUAACUACCGUUCCUGUCAUGAAUGUAACCAAAAAUAAAAACAUGACGUUAAAAUCCUAAUAAACAAACAAAAAUAGGCAAGCCACCUUCUGCAUGUUUUUGGAAGAUGAUACAAAACCAGAGUACUGAGAGGAAAUGCAUGUAGCUAUAGCGAAAACAUGCAAAGCUUCUCACACAGUGACCAGAGUCAAAUUUAUUUGCAUAGCACUAUUCACUAUAGACAGCAAAGUCUCAAAGCAACUUUACAGAAUCCAGGACCUACAGAACGAAACCACUGUUAAGCAAGCCAAGGGCGACAUGCCAAAAACUGCCUAAAAAUUACAGGUGUGAAUUAAACCCAGAUCAUUCAGACCCAUGUUGCUGUGUACACAAUCAUUAUGCCUUAAUAUUAUCAUUAUAGUUAUUUAUUAGUAUUAAUGUGGACUUUUAAAAAUGUAAUGUUCUACCUGCAAAUAUGUCUGCUAAUAAAUCUCACAUUUUUACAUAAUGUGUUCUUAAAUAAUGUUUUAAAUGUAUUUGGUAACUCAGUGGUUAAAGCCCUGAACUAGCAAUUAAAAGGUUGCCAGUACUCUCCCAUAAACGACUUUCAAUUGCUUGAAUUGUAUUUGGUUAAACUCUUUGGAACUUUUGAUAAAAACGUCAGCUAAAUGCU